UGCAACAGAGUCCUGGCAACAACUAUCGACACCUCCAGGACCGUAUCGCCUUUAUAACGGCCUUCCCUGCAAGGAGUUCUGGACAUAUUUUUCUCAUGUGCGGCCUUUGUCGCUUCGCCGAGUCUCUAACUGCAAAUCAAACCCUACCUCCCAGUCCGUUUUAAUUCCCAUCACGAUGUUAAACGGAACAGUAAUUGGCGGGUAUUUAAGGCUUGUUCCAGCUGGGAUGUUGGAGCAAGUGGUUCUCCGCCUACAUUGGUCGCCCGAAACAUUCAGCAAGAAGCGUUUGAUACGCCUUCUCGACGCGUCGGCUCUUUUCUAACUUUAUUCGCUUCAAAGCUGGACUUUUAUCAUCUUAUUCUGAUCUUCCAUACUAUUCCGACGCUCGAUAUCAACUUCAGAAAUGGGCAGCUAUAUGCAGUCCGGGGAUGCUUCAAAACGGAAGAGAUAUCCGGAGCCGGCAUCUCGACCAGAUGAGAUGGUCCCCAUGCCUCCCCGAAGGGAUGCAUUGGACCUCUACGUCGCAGCUCACCUCGCUAUGUUACAUAGGGGUACUGCCCUAUCCUCAGAGUGGACACGGCACGACGCAGCCAUAUGGGAUCGCUGCAAGGCUACGUGGCGGUCUGUUUCGCCAUCCGAUAAACACCUGAUAGACGACAUUGUGAUGCGCGAACAACAUUUUUAUGAGAUAUAUUGGGCACAUGCGGCGCCCAUGGGGGGAAUGGUGCACAGAUCCACCGUCAGAGGGUGGGAAAAGCACACAGAAAUGUUUACGGAGCAACUGCUGGGGAAAAUUAGAAUUGAUUGUUCAGUCCUACUCCCUGGACAAGCACCUUCUAUCACUGCGAACAUUCAAGCGGGAAGCUCGAUAUCUCACUUGGGCGGCACUAUGCAGCACUCGUCCAGGCCCAACGGCCAUCUGCACAGCUCGUACUUUGAUCCAUCCUAUUCAAUGCUCCCUAACCCAACUCCUCAAAGAACAGUGCACCAUGACUUGCUUGGACUCCCCGGCCAAACCAUUUCUCCUCUCGCUGGCAAUUUUUAUCCGGGUAGCCCUUCCCAAUACAAUGCACUUCUGCGGGGCAAUGGGAUGUCCAUCCCUCUACCGCAAGCUAACACUGUUCCCUCUUCGUUAACUCCCGUCAGGUCUCCACGUCCUGCCCCACAAACUCGCCUCAACGAAGACGCCCCUCGCGAACCGAUCCUCAGGCUGAGAGUGUGUCCACUUUGACUCGCAAGCGCUCGACGAGAGGCAGUCGGGACAGGUUUCGGAGCAUGAAUGCUGAGUUGAUGGAGGCAAAGCUGGCGAAUCAAGCUAGGAAGAGCAA